GCUUUCUUGGUUUAAUCUACAUCAUUCACUAUUCUUUUUCCUCCUCCCCUUCUUCUUUUUUCGUCGUCCGACGAAUGAGUGUUGACUAGCGAGGGGGGGACCCUGUCCCCUGCCUGCCCCGUGCUGCCCCGGUGCGCGCUGCGGUGACGGAGCGAGGUGCGAGCCCACAGUAGCAGUCAGUCUACAGUGAGGGGAGCGGGGCCUGUGCUGGGCAUUUCGAGCCGAGCCGAGCCGAGCCGAGCCGAGCCUGCUGAGCGAGCCGGGCUGCCGCCGGCCUCCACCUGCCUCUAACCUCAACCAGUGCUCAGUGACAGUCAGUGAUCGUGCGCGUGUGUGUGUGUGCUUACAGUUGUGGAUGCUUCCUCUCCCAUCGCCGUUGGAAAAAUCGACAGUGCUUCUUUCAUCAUCAGUGCAACAACGGAAGAAAAAAAUUAAAAGUGCAAAUCUGAAAAAAUCUGUGAUUUGUGGUGACAGCAGUGUGACAUCGUGACAGUGUGUGUGCAUCAAGAACAUCACAGUGUUGAAACAUCUUUGUGACGACAAGCCAGUGCAGUGAUUUUGUGGUCGAUAUCAGUGGAUUAAAAGUGCACAAAUAUUGGAUGUACGCGACGACGCAACGUCUGCACUUUUCUCUGGAUACUUCUGCUUAACCGCCCGCUGGAUUCACCAAGCUGCUUGAGGCAUCGCCUGCCGGGCCCUGCCGUGGUUGAUAACGCGGCCGCGCGGCGCCUUUCAAGUGGACAAACAUGACGGACUGCAAUUAACUGAGUGGCCUGCCCGGCCUGAGCGGCCCGCCCCGCCAUGCGCCGCCCCGCCCCGCCGCGGGUGCUGCUGAUUGAUAACAUGGCCGACUUGCCCCGCUGAGCGAGUCGCGCAAAGGCGUGUCAUAUGUGGGCCGCCCCCACACCAUGUCCCAGCUGGCCUUCCGAGGAUCUCCACACAGCCAGCCCCCCGGACCAGUGAGCCCGCCGUCAUCGCUGUCAGCGCCGCGCUCCCCGCUGCCCUCGCCGCCCGUGGAGCGCCCGCCGCCGCCGCUUCACCCUCAAGCGCACCCGCACCCGCUGCUCGGCCUCCAGGGUCUCGGCGCGGCCGGCCUCGGAGGCAUGGCCGUCACCACCAUCACGGGCCCGCCGGCGGCGCGCUCCGCCGCCUCCCCGCCCGACUCUGCGCACUCGGCGUCGUCGCGCUGCUACGACUCGGGCGCCGCGAGCCCCCCGGAGUCCGCUGGCCGGACGGCCGAGGGCCUCGCCGGCCUGCCCGGGGCGCCGCUGCCGCCGCGGCCACCCCCGCCCGGCGGCGCCCCCGGCGGCCGCUGUUGCGACACCGGCCGGCCCAUCUUCACCGACCCCAUCACCGGGCAGACCGUGUGCUCGUGCCAGUACGACCUGCUCAGCUACCAGAGGCUGGCCUCUGCCGGCGCGGGCCUCCCCCUGUCCAUGUACUCGGCGCCCUACCCCGAGGGCAUGGCCGCCUACUUCCCCGCGCUGGGCGCGGACCAGCCGCCCUUCUACUCGACGCCGGGGUACGGCAUGGACCUCAACGGCGCGCGCAGGAAGAACGCGACGAGAGAGACGACGUCGACCCUCAAGGCGUGGCUCAGCGAGCACAAGAAGAACCCCUACCCGACCAAGGGCGAGAAGAUCAUGCUCGCCAUCAUCACCAAGAUGACGCUGACGCAGGUGUCGACGUGGUUCGCCAACGCGAGGCGGCGGCUCAAGAAGGAGAACAAGAUGACCUGGGAGCCGCGGAACAGAGUCGAGGACGACGACGACAACAACAACGACGACGACGACGACCGCGACGAGAAGGCCAACAAGGAUAACUUAGAUUCCAAGGACUCGGGCACGGCGAGCAGCGAGGACGGUGACCGGCCCGCCAACACGAGGCCGGCCGGCGACACGGGGUCCGAGUGGUCCGAGUCCCGGGCGGACUCGGGGCCCGACUCGCCCGAGCUGGUGGCGGAGCGGGACAGGCCGCCCUACCCGCACCCGCUGCACCCGGCCUACCACGGGCUGCCCUUCCCCCCCGGCAGGCUACCGCCGCCGCCGACCACCCCGCCCACCAGCACCACCACGCCGGGCGCGUCGACGCCGGGCAAGCCGAGGAUCUGGUCGCUGGCGGACAUGGCGUCCAAGGACAGCGACGUCCACCACCCCCACCACGGGCCGCCCCCGGGCCACCCUGGUGGCUUCUACCCCAGCCCGGGCAAGCUCAUCUCACCGCUGGCCUCGAGAGGGGUAGGCCCCGUGGGCCUCCCGCACCCCCACCUGCACCCAGCCGCCGCCAUGCACGCGAGUAGCUUCGCGGCGAGAGCGGCGCAGCAGGAGUUCUACCGGUCGUUCUACGGCUCGGGGCACCCCACCAGUGCCGCGCUGCUCGAGACCUACUCCAGGACCUUUGGUGGCGGCGUGCCGUCCAACGGCGCGCCCCCACCGCCCGGGAUGAACCCCGCGCUCUCCUCAGUGCUGUCUAAGGCCGGCAUGGCGGCGGUGGCCGCGGCCGUGUCCGGGGCAGACUCUCACCCGCUCAACGGCAUGGCCAGCCAGGCCUCUGUCAACCCUGGCGCCUCGUCGUCGUCAUCGGCGUCCUCGGGGUCGUCGAUGACGUCGGAGACGAUGCACGCCAAGCUGGCAGCGUCUUCGCCCGUCCCGCUGAGCAAGGCCUGACCCAGGCCUCUGGCUCUGCCCAUUCACCCGGUGGCGCUGCCCGCCAGGCGCCUGUCCCAACAGGCAAACGUGCUGUGAAACUGUAUGGCCCGUAAGUGGCUAAAUGUUCUAGUUACCGAUUUUUAAAGAGAGCGUACCGAAAGGUGCGUUAGAGUAUUUAUUAUGUGAGUUGGGUGGCGGGAGGACUUGGACAGGAACAGAGUGGGGAUCUUUUCGUGUCGAACGCCCCAGCCAGGCGGACACUUCGUGUGAAAGCCCACACAUUUGUGUAACGAUUGGGGGAUUCUUUCAACUGGUUUUUGCACAUUGGAAGCAAGGGGGUUUGUGGGAAAAUAAUUUUAAUUAAUCUGUGUUUCACAAUUAAGGCAUUAUUGGUAAAAUUUCCUGAAAUUUAAAAUUUUGUAAUGUAAAUUGUUGCAGCCACGACACAUACCGUUAAAUUUGUGGCGCAGGGACUAAUUCAAAAGCGAAAGCCAAAGCAUUAGGAUAUGUGGAGGACAAUAAUUGUUUUUUUAACGAAAGUGACUCUAGUGUUGCAAAGUAAACAUUUCGGUAAUGAAUCCAAAGAAAUUUUUGUGCAAAUAUCACAAUUUCCACUGAGUAAAUUAUAUGUUCAAAUUAAUAUAUGAAAAUGAACUGUACAUUACGUGUAGACAUGCAAAUAAGUAAAUCUGUUUUGUAAGUAUUAUUGUAAUCUUUACAAUUAUGAAUGCCUCUCUGCUCUCAUUUGUAUAUCAUUGUUGCUUAAAUAUAUUUAUUUGUGGUUGUUCAGAGUACAACAUUUAUAUAUAAAUUAUGUUUUGUAUUUCACAUAUUUGAAUGUACGUGUUGUAUAUCUCGAACACACUUGUUGUGAUUAGUCUUUUUUUUUUGUUUCACACGAAUGAUCUGCCUUGUUUGAACGGGUGACACGUUGUUUCCCUCUUUGUUGGUCUGUUUUUAUUAUUCUUCGGUACACCCGAUCACCUUUAUGUAAGUAUAUAUGUACUUAUGUGUCAAAGAUGAACGUACAUAGAAUAAACGCAUUAUGAGUGAUGAGAUAUAUCUAUAAAA